UCUUUGCUAACUUGACUUCCGUCGCUUAGGACGCUGUUAUCACGAAAACAAAGGAGACGAGACGAAGAAUUAUAGUUUUCUUGAGGAUAAAGACGACGAGUGGCUUGGUUUUUGACUUGAAAAUACUUUUAAAUCGUCUUCAUCGUAAGUUAAGAGCUCUUCUACAAGUGGCUGUCGCUCCACCAGCUGAGAAAAUGGGCCGCAUCUUCCUGGAUCACAUCGGUGGGAGUCGCCUCUUCUCUUGUGCCAACUGUGACACUAUUCUGACCAACCGCGCUGAACUCAUCUCCACACGCUUCACAGGAGCAACUGGCAGAGCUUUCCUCUUUAAUAAGGUUGUGAAUCUGCAGCACAGCGAGGUGCAGGACCGAGUCAUGCUGACGGGAAGGCACAUGGUGCGAGACGUCAGCUGCAAGAACUGCAACAGCAAGCUGGGCUGGAUGUACGAGUUCGCCACCGAGGAGAGUCAGCGCUACAAGGAGGGCCGAAUAAUCCUGGAGCGGGCGUUGGUGAGGGAGAGCGAAGGCUUUGAGCACGUUCCGUCGGACACUUCUUGAGUUCACCAUCCCUGUCCGUGUGCUUAAAGUCAUGCAGCUUUUCCCUCCAGCCGCUGUACACCUCUCCUCCUCCCCUUGCAUGGACAGUGAUCAUUUUGUGAGCAGAGCUGUACCAGAAUAAAAUCCUAAAACGGCUGUUUGUGGGAAACUCAGAGUGUAGGGUGAACCUUGUUGCUUUUAGGCCCCAUUCAAGUUCCCUGCAGUUUGUUUGAAUGCCCAGUGGGCUGCUGCGUUCGGGCGUGAUGGGAGAUUAGCUGUUGCUCUCAGACGAGGAGGGUUUUCUCUUAAAUUACCGUAUGGCGCUCAGACCGAGGCCGAGCAUUAAGUUUGACGACCGAUGCAGUUAAGAUUAUUAAUGCUCUUUGCUGUAGUUACACUUGUUUAAAGGGUGAGUGACAAUUUCUUUUGAAACACA